AUGUCGGCAUGUAGUAGUGUUGACGUCAGCAAGGGCUUACGUUGCCCUGCGUCGAACCUGGGCGGCGGGGCGUGGGCGGCCGGCAAGCAGGACGGCUACCAAACCGCGCGGAAGGGGCACCGGCGGGGCAGGGCCGGCGGUGCGGGGGUGGAGGGCGGCGCGUCGGCGGUCCAGGGGCGGCACACUGUCCGGGGGCGGCGCGCGGUCGGGGCGGCGGCCGUCAAGGGUGGCCGGGGGGCGGCGCGGGGCGGUGGUGGUCGACCGAAGGCGGGCUGCGCGGCGCGUGUCGGCGUCGAAGGGGGCUCCCGGGGCGGUGGGUCGGCGACGAGGGCGCCGCGGUCGAGGAAGAAGCGGCGGCGGUCGAGGGCGCGCGCGCGGGCCGGGCGGCGUCGAGGCAGGGACUGGCGAGCGGGACGUGCGCCGCAGGUCGGCGUGCAGGGGCGCGCUCGGUGUGGAGGUCCAGUAGCGGAGGUCGUCGGGAGGUCCUGCAGCGGCGGUGGUUGCGGGAUGGCGGCGGCGACGACGACGUGA